CCCUGAGUGCCCAUUAUAUUAAGUGCAGCGGAGCUGCUGAGAGCCAAAGGCACCCGUAGUAACCUGCACCGCCGUCUGGACUCGUCCCCUGCAAAACUACAGACAUGCACAAUAAGGGGUAUAUCAGCGUGCUGCUCGCCGUACUCGCCACAGCGUCCCUCUGCCGGCCAAUGGCGGACGUAGAAUCGUCACAUCACGGAUCCCCCCGGAAGUCGCCCGUCACUUCGGAACUAAACAGGCGGGACCUCAUGGCGUCCCUUUCCCAUGACCAGAGGCAGCUGAUAUCCCAGCUCCUCCCUCACUUGUAUGCAGAGCUUUCCAACGGUGAAGCACAUUUCCUACCCGUGCAGGACCGGGACUAUGCCGGAUGGAUGGACUUUGGGCGCCGGAGUUUGGAAGAACCCGAGUCUUAAAUACCCCCCCCUCAUUCCUUUAACUUUACCGCCAAGGGUGCCCCUCGACACCCACCCCACCCAAUUCUGAUAUGUGACUUCUUUAGCAGCCCGGGGGGGGUGGGGGGGGUUCAAUAAACAAUGGGGUUCCACUCAGGAUCGUUUGCCGAGGAGCUCGUAGCGCUCCAUCCUGGGGGGCAGAGGGGAGAAAUACACUAAUAUUCCUAAUAAAGUAACAUCCACAUUUCAUAUAUUGUCUGGGAGUUUUCUCUUUCCA